AUGUCGUUCAACAUAGUUGUUGUAGCUCUCAGUGGCUUAAUAAACAAAACGGUGGAGGAGAGAUUGUUUAAUGGUGUCAGGGUGGGGUCGAGCAGUCUCCGCAUCUCCCAUAUCCAAUUUGCAGACGAUUUGAUUAUCUUUUCCGAAGCUGAUGAAGAACAAGUGAAAAACAUUAAGAGAAUUCUCAAGGUCUUCAAGUUAGCCUCCGGGUUGAGGCUCAAUUUAAGAAAGUCAAAACUCUAUAGGAUCAAUGUUGAAGACGGUUGUGUCACGGCAUGGGCCGAAGGGUUAAAGUGUGACUGGGAUAGGCUCCUUUCAGUGUAUUUGGGCCUCCCCUUGGGGCAGGCGAGAAAUUUUGUGAAACUAAGACAACCCAUCAUUGAUAAAGUGCAAAGUAGACUAGACGGUUGGAAGAGUAAGUUCCUCUCAUUUGGGGGAAGAAUCACGUUGAUCAAGUCAAUUCUCGCCUUUAUCGGUGUUCUAUCUCUCGAUGUUCCAAAUGACACCUGCUGUGUCCUCCAAGCUAAAUAA